GAGCUUCGACCGACUGCACAGAAAAAGCGAGCGAGAGAAAGGGAAAGCUCGAGCCCGGGAGAAAGAAGAAAGGGAGGCGCAGAGCUGUGGCAGUGCCCGCGGCCCCGCGCCCUCCAGCCGAGCUAGGGUCGGCUCUGUUCCUUAACUUCAGAGGACAUGGUAUCAUCUCCAUAGCAUUAAAGAAUGGCAUCUGGGCCUAUGCCUCCUACCAAAGAUGAACAGCUUUCCUCUGGCAUCGAUGAUCUCCACUUUUCACUACAAGCUGAACAAGAACAUACGCAGAAGAAAACGUUUACCUGCUGGAUAAAUUCACAGUUGGCAAAGCAUAUCCCUCCCUCAGUCAUAACAGAUCUCUUCACAGAUAUUAAAAAAGGACAUGUUCUCCUGGAUCUGUUGGAAGUACUUUCAGGCCAACAAUUGGCUCGGGAGAAAGGAUCUAACACCUUUCAGUGCAGAAGCAACAUAGAACAUGCCUUGACAUUUCUCAAGAAACGAUCAAUCAAGCUCAUAAAUAUUCAUGUAACUGAUAUCGUAGAAGGAAAUCCAUCUAUUAUUCUUGGUCUAAUUUGGACUAUUAUAUUACACUUUCACAUUGAAGAACUGGCUUGGAUUCUUUCUUGUAAUUAUAAUAAACCUUCUUUGGAUUGUGUGAGUGUUGUGGACUUAUCUCAAACUUCAGGGCCUCCACCUAAGAAACGUUCUAAAGCACAGGCUAGAUGGAAGAUGUCUGCAAAGAAGGCCCUUCUUUUAUGGGCCCAGGAACAAUGUGCCAUGCAUGGAUCUGUGAAUGUUACAGAUUUUAAAUCAAGUUGGAGAAAUGGGAUGGCUUUUUUAGCUGUCAUUCAUGCUUUGAAACCAGACCUAAUUGAUAUGAACAGUGCAAAGGGUAGAUCCAGCAGAGACAAUUUAAAAGAGGCAUUCAGGAUUGCAGAACAUGAACUAAACAUCCCCAGGCUGUUGGAUCCAGAAGAUGUUGAUGUUAUCAACCCGGAUGAAAAGUCAAUCAUGACAUAUGUGGCCCAAUUUCUUCAGUAUUCCAAAGAUUUGCCUGUGGCUGGAGAUGAAGUUCAGGAAAAGGUGAAAGAUGCCACAGUCUGGUUGAUUUCACAAGAAGAAAAGUUGCAUGAAUUACAGAGGGGAUCAGAAAAGGAGACAUACUUUAAAAAAUCUGAAGGCAUGCAAGGUUUUUUGGAGUCAUUCAAUGAAGAAAAAAAAGCCUUUUUGGAUGUGUUGUCGAUAAAAAGGAAUGUGGCUGUACUGGCCGAGGAUCAAUCUCAAUUAAGACAAGCAUGGGAUAGGCUCACUAACCAGAUUAAUGAAUGGAGUGCUAAGCUGGAUCAAAUCCUGCCCCCACCCCUGGAUCACAUUGAAGUCUGGCUCCAAGAAAUUGAACAUCUUAUGGCAGAGGAUUUACCAGAUUCCCAGGAUUACAGUCAAGCCAUGAUUCUAAUCAAUGAAAGAAUCAAUUUGUUUAAGAGUCUGAUGGAUGAUUUUGAUUGUCACUUGAACAGCCUCUUGACAUUUGAGAAUAAAGAUGAGCAACACAUGCCCAUGGUCCCACCUGAUAAACUGGAGGAAAUGAAAAGAAGAUUCCACAAUAUUAUGGGGACCAACUUCACUGCACUUUUAGAAUUUCACUACUACUUGUGCUUUGUCCUGGGUUUAAUAGAGGAAGUGAAAUCAAAAUUGAAUCUCUGGAAUAUCAAAUAUGGGACCCAGGAAUCUGUAGAACUAUUAUUGGGAGAUUGGCAUAAAUUUGUUGAAGAAAAGGAGUUUCUAACUCAGCUUGAAAGUUCCUUUCAAAAAUGUGAAACAAUGAUCAAGAAUUUAGCUGGAGAUCCUCAGAACAUUAGCAAGCAGUUUAAGAUGGUGGAAUCUCAGAUCUCUAUGUGUAGAAAAUGUAUGUAUAAUAUAAAAUCCACCCUGCAAAAAGUUUUGUUAUCUUGGGCUACAUAUACGGAGAACCUUAAUUCCCUCAAGACUUGGUUGGAAGGAUCAAGGAAGGAACAUCCAAAACAGAUUCCUUUUGAGACACUAGCAAGUUGGAAUUCAGUACUUAGUACUGCAAAUGAGUUUGGAAAAUUUUUAAUUGAUGUCAGUAAUCAACAAGUUGGAUUGUCUAUUAAUAAGGAACUGAAAAGACUUAAUAAAAGAUGGGCAAAAUUCAUUAAGAAAACUCAGUUUGAGAUGAAACUUCAUUUUACCCAAGAACAGGAACAAUCCAGUCUUGAUAGCAUGGGAAAUACUGAGCUACCUUUGGAAGAAAACUUAACUUCCCAUGGUGGUUCAACAGAUAUUUCAGUCGAAGCCCUUAGGAAGCACAUUCAGCAUUUAAAGACUGGAAAAGAAAAUGAGGCUUUAAUUAAAGAGUUCACAGAGCUCCUACAAGUACUUGAAGAGAUGGAAGAAUUCAUCGAUCAAGUGGCAACCUGGGAAACAGAAAUCAGACCCGUUCUGGAUUUUAUCAAACAACAAGGUUAUGUGGAAGCUUCCAUGGAAGAAUCUUUGCAGAACCUGAUUGCCCGAGGAUCUAUGUAUCAAGAACAUGUGACUAGAAAAGAAAAUGCAUUACAAAUAAUAGCACAAAAUAUUUCAAGCAAUGUACUCCUCCAGCAUUUCCAUACAUCUGGGCUCCAGACACAGAUCAAAGAAGCAAAACACAAAGUUCAGAAUAACAUGGCAGAGCUAGAUGCUGUCUUACAGGCCUCAUAUGAGAGUUCCCUAGAAAUGGAUGUUAGGGCCAAAUCUGAAAAGUCACAAAAGGAACUUGAGUCAGAUAUUAUGAAGGCUCAGCAACUCCUUGGACAAAAAGGGAGCCUUGGUGACCUGAUUUCACAAAAGAAGGAUAUUCUAUCCAUUUUAAGCAGUAAAAGCUUGGACAAAUUUUUGAAAGCUACUGAACAACUAAAAAAUAUUGUGUCUCCUGAUGAAAAGCAAUCUUUAGAAGAAACGAGCAGAGAGCUCUCUAAAGAGUGGGAGGAUCUUCAUCAAGAAAUAUGUUUAUAUAUUCAUCGAAUAAAAAUUGAAAUUGAAAAAAAGCUUACUGAAAACAUAUCAAAACUUGAAAAGCAACUAAAUAAAGAGAAAAAAUUACUCAGUAAAGGGAAGACCAAGGGACUCAUUGAGGAACAUGAGGCUUGCUUCUCUGAUGAAGGGAUCCUGUGUCAGCUUGAUCACCACAUGGAAGCCCUGAGGGAGCUGAGUGAAGAGCUGACUUCAGAGGAAAGUCGACAAGAAAUAAGGAAAACAAUUAUAGAAUAUGGAGAGAGACAAAAUGGAAUUAAGAAUACCGCUUCUGAGACUUAUAAGAUGCUCCAGGCCCUUAUUGAAAACACUCAGAUGUCUGAUAAAAAGAAGCCUCUAAGUGCAUCUGAAAAUGGUGGAAGGGAUGCUGGAAAGGUGGUACAACCUUCCAAACCCAAUGGUGCAACGUUACCUGAAGAGGCUUCUGGAUGUGCUAGCUUUGACUUAGAAUAUUUCAGCAUAUUAAAGCAUCAGGAAGAUGAAAGGCAUGUAGAGAAGGAUGGUGAUGUGCCUUUUAAGAAGUUAUUGGAAAGGUAUGAUGCACAGAGAGAUAAUCUAGAGAUGCAGUUACAAAUCAACAAAGUCAGAGUUCUUUCUGAUUUUCCUAGUGAAAAGGAAAGGAAUAUCUCUUGCUUACAAGAUAAAUUGACAGAUCUACAGGUUUUAAAAAAUGAAACUGAUUCUUGCUGGACAGAGUUUGAAAUGACUUCAUCAAAGUUAGAAAAUAUUGUGGGAGACCUAGAAAGGUCUGUUCUUUCUCGAACGAGGGAUAAAUUAAAGAGAGAAGAGGGAGAGCUUCAAGUGACUCUAAGCAACAGGCUGAAAUCCUUAGAAGCUGCAUUGAGGAUUGUUUUGCCAAUAGAAAAGGAAGCUACUCUCCUUGGUGACUCAGAACAACUCCUCCAUAUAAUGGAAAUACAAAAAUUUAAUCUAGCUGGUAGUGAUGAUAUUUACCGAAAUCUUAAGGAUAUCCAGAGUAGUGUAGCAAAACAAAUUGAAUUAUGUAGUAACUUGGAACAUCCAGGCAGUGAUGCAUUAAAUGAAUUUAACCCAAUGGAUCUUCAUGCAACUCAGACCAUUAUAGUAAAAUAUAAAACACAAUUUGAAGAAAUGAACCACAAAAUGCAGAAUGCUGAAAUAGCCCUCAAAGCUCUUGAGGACUUUUUGGCCUCCCUGAGAAAAGCUAAACUUUCUAUUCAGCCUGCAACAGAUUUUUCAAUAUCAGAUGUACCUGUGGUGCAAGAUAACACCUGGACAAUAGAAGAUGUGCAGAAAAAAAUUCCACUGAUGAAAGAUGAGGCCAGAUGUUUGGAUCAGCGUAUGAAAAUGCUUGAUAUAAGCUUAAAAAAUGCUGAGCGGUGUGAAGACACUUGCUGUGAAAAACUCAUUGAAGUUUUCUUAAAAAUGAUAGAUGAGACUCAUGGUCAUAAUGAACCUGAAGAUUUCACUAAACAAGACCAAUUACUGGAGGUUUUUAUUGCAAAAAAUAAUGAGAUCCUUAAAAACAUUAAAUAUGUUCAAGACCAGAUCAAUAAAAUUGGCCUCAAAGAUCCAACAAUUCCAGCGGUGAAACAGAGGAUAAAAUCAUUAACCAAACUGGAGAAGGAUCUGGAUUACUAUGCAGGGGAGAUAAACUACCUCAGAAAAAUGGCCAGUUCUCUUCCACAGUUGAAAGAUGGAAAAGGACAAAUCUCAAGUCAACAAUGCCAAGAGACAACAUGUUUAUGGGAAGAUGUGAAAUCCUCUGUUGAAGAAUGCCUUGAGCAGUGUCAAAGAACAAUGGAUCUCCUGAAGCAAUACCAGAAUUGCAAAAGUAUUCUUACUUCUUUGAUCCACAAAGAAGAGAAUGUGAUCUCACUGCAGGCUUCUUAUAUGGGAAAGGAAAAUCUGAAGAGGAGAAUAGCAAAGAUUGAAACAGUCAGAGAGGAAUUAAAUAAACAUUCAGAAGAUGUAGAAAAAAUAAAUCAGAUCUGCAAAAACUUGCAAUUCCAGCUAAACAAAAUGAUAACCUUUGCGGAACCCCCCUUUGAGAAAGAGGCUAAUAUUAUUGUGGACAGAUGGCUUGAUAUAAAUGAAAAGACAGAAAACUAUUAUGAUAAUCUGGUCAGGGCUCUAGCCUUGUGGGAAAAACUUCUUAAUUUAACAAAUAUAAUUGAUGAAUGGAUUCAAAAAGUGCUUAUAAAUGUUGAAGGUCUUCAGCUGAAUGACACAGAAAGAACACGGUUGCAGGAAGAGCUAAAAAUCCAAGAGCAAAACAGUGCCAAAUUUGAUGUGAAGUUAGUUGAAAUACAAAAUUUUCUUCAAAUCAGUGAACCACCACUUGAGUUACAGGUCAUCAAGUCAUCUCUUUUGAACAGAAUGGAAAAAAUAAAAAUGCAUUUAAUGGAUAAAUCCAACCUGAGUAAACUCAAUGGCAGUACAGCUGAGCUAAAAGAGGACCUUGACCAGGCCAAGACACAGAUUGGAAUGACUGAAUCUCUCUUAAAAGCCCUGUCUCCUUCUGACAGUUUGGAGAUCUUUACAAAAUUGGAGGAGAUACAGCAGCAAAUUCUCCAGCAAAAGCAUAAUAUGACACUUCUUGAGACUCAGAUAGGUUGUCUGACUCCUGAACUCUCUGAACUGAAGAAGCAGUAUGAAAGCAUCAAUGAUUUGUUUAGUACUAAGAAACGUACUUGGCAAGAUCACUUUUCCAAUCUAUUGAAUGAUCAGUGCAAAAAUUUUGAUGAUGAGUUCAACAACAUUCAGCUGUCCCUUAAGGAGUGUUUUGAACCACCAGAAACUAAAAAGAGUGUGGAAGAAAAGCUCCAGAAACUUAAUGAUUUCCUAACCUUUGAGGGAAGAAGCAAGGACAUACAACAAGUAGAAACUGCACUGAAUAAUGUAAAAAGGCAUCUGCCCAAGGCAAGUGUUGAACAACUGAGUAACUGGAUCAUGACUCAGGAAUUGGAACUACAGAAAAUGAAGUUCACAUGUCAGACACAAGCCAACGGACUUCGUGAUUGCUUACAACAGUUACUUAGGCUUCAGGAUGACUAUAUAAGCUUGAAUAAAUGGCUAAUGAAUCAAGAAGAAAAAUGGAAAGAUACUGGAGUAGAAAACAAGUGUAAUUUUUUCUUCCAAGCAUUAACUAGAAAAAGGCAACUAUUUGAAUCUUUUGCUCAGUUGAACAACUCAUUGAAGAAAUUUGGACUUAUUAGAGAAGAAAUAGUGAUAGAGUCAACUCAUUUGGUUGAGGAAUAUGAGACAUUUUUAACACAAGUAUGUGAAGUAGGAGAUCAUCAGCCACCUCCUCCUGAAGACCAGAACUUUGAAGAUCUUGUACAUGAUGUAUUUGCUUGGAUAAUGGGGAUUAAAGAGUCACUCAUGGUUUUGAAUUCAACUGAAGGCAAAAUGCCCCUUGAAGAAAGGAUCCAAAAAAUAAAGGAAAUUGUUUUACUUAAACCUGAAGGGGAUGUGAAAAUACAAAAUAUCAUGAGUUUGGGUGAGAAACGCAAGGCAUCUCUGGUUCAGGAUACUCUCUCUGAUAUCAAGAAUCAGUGGGACCACACUGUCCAUUUAGCCAACACAUAUCUGAGCCAUCAGGAAAAGAUUCAGCUUGAAGGAGAAAAGUAUUUACAAAGCAAAGAUGAUUUAAGACUAAUGCUUACUGAAUUAAAGAAGAAACAAGAAACCAGUUUUGCUUUGCAGAAUGGUUUGCAAGAAAAGAAAGCUCAGUUGAAAAUAUAUAAGAAAUUUCUACAGAAAGCAGAAGACUUGACAUCCUUGCUUAAUGAGUUAAAAACUCAAGGAAAUUACCUACUGGAGUGCACUAAAAACUCCAAAUUCAGUGAAGAAAAAUGGCUAGAAGUCAAGCAUCUCCAUGAAAGCCUCCUUCACCAAUUACAGGAUUCAGUGAGUAAAUUGGAAAGUCACGUUCAAGAACACCAGCUGUACCAGGGCUUGGUUGCAGAUUUGACUGCCGCGUUGGAAAGUUUCUCUCAGCAGUUCCUCAGUUUUCCUGAUGACCUGGUAGAUGAAAAGGCAGCUGAGCAAAAGGUGUUAAAAUUACAGGAAUUAGAAGCCCUCCUUAAUCUAAAGGGUGACACAUUAGAAAAGAUUUUAGCUUUAGCUGAAUCCAUCAAGCAAAACUCCUCUUCAAUGGGACAGAAGAUUAUUAAAGAUGAAACAGAUUCACUUAAAUGUAAACACAAGGAUUUGGAGAAUAGACUUGAAUCUGUUAAGCAGGAGACUGAGAACAGUUUUAACAACAUCCUCAAAUCAAAAUCUGAAAUGAAGAAGAAAGAAAAAAUAGCCAUGAAAAAAAGAGAGGAGCAGGUCUCUUGUGGUACUCAGGAUUCCAUUCAGGGGUCUAUCACAGUGGAAAAGUUGGAGGAAAGAUGGGAAGUCAACAAGGUUAAGGAAUUAAAUGGAAAGGACAUGGAUAAAGAACAGUCCAAGAAACUUCCGAUGAAAGAUAGCCUGUUAUUGGCAGACUGCCUCCCACAGCCUCUUAUCCAGAGGAAGAAUGGAGAAAGUCCAACUGUUCAGGCUGAAAUAUCAUCAAAACAAGAACAUGUGGAAACCAUGGACACUGAAGAUCAUACUGUUGAACUUAUUACUUUUGAGAAAAAUUCAGUGCCUGAGAGCACAGAAAUACUCAUCAGAGAAGAGUUUGCUGGGGUACCUGUAGCUCACAAAAGUCAGCGGGAAUCUGCAGCAGAUAAUUUGAAGAAUGACCAGAUGAACAAUCAAAUCUCAAACAUCCCAAAUGUUGUCCAAGAAAAACUAACAACAGACCAAACAUCUUUGGAAGACCUAGAGAUAAAAGAGCCACUAAAAACUGAAGACCAAGUGGCAUCCUUGGAAAAAUCCAUGGACAUAAAUGAUCAGACCUACAGGAGAAUUAUACAAGACUUCCAACUGUGGUUGAGUAGCAAGGAACAACUCCUAGGCUUUAUGCUAGAAGAACAAGGAGAGACAGUUACUGGAAAAACACUUUCGAUUUCUGAGAAUUCAGGCAUAGAAAUGCUUUUGUCAAAACAACUUUUUCCUGAAGCUCAAGAAAGCAUGAAAAACAUUGAAGAUGAGCAGAGAGUCAAUGAGCUGCAAAAUCAACCUUUAGAAUUGGAUAUUAUUUCAGCAAAUGAACAAUUAAAGGAGAUAGAGGUGUUGUAUGGGCAAUUGCAAGCAAAGAAAGCCAACACUGGAUCUCGGGAGUCCAUCACAUUGCCCAGUAACACAGAAAGCAGCACUUUGGAUGUCCAAAAUGUACAACAUUCAGUAGACCAGUUGGACAGACUACUUCAGGCACUGGUUACCUUGAAGGAGGAUAAGGAAAGACAAUACUCUCUUAUCAAAGAUUUCCAGGAACACCUCUUGGCUGUUAAAUCAUCAAUGAAAGCAUUAUCAAUGGAAAAAGAAAGCACAAAAGUUGCCUCUCUGGAGAGCAUACAGCAUCUGAAGAAACUAGAAAAAUGCCUGGAGUCAGUACAUAAAGAAAAAGAUUCCUUAAACAAAUUUAAAGAGGAACAGGCGAACUUGUUGAGUCAGCUAAGUGACAUGGACAAGAAGUUAGCAGAAAGCCAAGUUAAGCAACUUGAACUUUGUUGGGAACAGGUGGAACAGUGGAUUCAAAAGAAAUAUUCUCAACAAGGCGCUGAAUGGGAUGAACUUCAGUGCCUGAUGGGUAAGAUCCGGGACAUGGAGAAUUCACUGCAAGAGCAGCAGCAGCAGCAACAGCAAAAGUUGAACUCUCCAUCUGAGCAAGGGGAAAAUAAAGGCCCAGUGUCCUUAGCCAUAAAGCUUCAAGUCACUAAGGAUAACUUUUCACUUUUAAAAGGGAGAGUCGAGCAUCAGAUGAAAAGAAUUUGGGGAAAGAAAGAAAAGGAGACAUUGGAAAAUGCAAUAAAUAAUUUACAAGAGCAGCUAGAAGCAUUAGAGCUAUCAACAGAAGAAAAACACAGUCAGUUGAAAAGUUGCCCGACCGUGAAAAAGAUUCAAGAAGCUGUUUUGUGGGUUAAUAAUUUAUUAGUUAGCCUGGAGCACACAGCUGCUCUCCUUCCAGAUAAUAUUGUGGCACAGAUCAGAAAACAUAAGUCUGUGCACGAUGAGGUUCUGGAUAAGCAGCCAAUUAUAGAGUCUUUGGUUGAGGAAACUAAAGAUAUCAUUCCUGAUCUGAACCAAUGUGAAGCCACUGACUUAAAUACUUUUUCACAGGAAUUGCAAAGCUUGAACCAGGCACUUGUUUCAAAAUGCAAUGAAAUGUCUCAGCAAUUAGAGUCCAAACUGGAAGAGAGAAAUGCAUUUUUUGAGAAAAUGGGCAAAGUGCAGCAUUGUCUCCAAGGAAAGGAAGUAUUGAUUGCCCCUGAGACCAAAACAACCUUCUCAAAGGAGGACCUGGACCAUCAGCUUGUUACUUUGAAUGAUUCUCAAAAGGAACUACAGAUGACUGAGGGGGUCAUCUCAACCCAUCUGCAGGAGGCCACAGACUUCUCUAAGUCCUUAAAUGUAUUUGAACGAAUAUUUCUUGAUGAUCAGUUAAGAAACCUUAAGAAUAAAGCUAGGAGGACACAAAGAUUAGUUCGGAAUAAAUGUCAUGAAGUCAGAAAAAAACUAGACAUCAACACUGAACUCUUAGAAAAAACAAACAUGUUACAACAAGAGUUAGGCGAGAUCCGUAAUCAUGAGCUUCUACUGAACGGGGAAGUGAAUCAGGUAACCAAAGAAGAAAUCUGUGAGCUCAGAGAAAGAACCUCUCUUCUUCAGUCUAAUGUUUUGCAACUAAUGAAACACAAAGAAAUAUUUGAAUGCCUUGGACUCAACUGGGACAGUUCACAACUUGACAAAGUACAGGUAGAGUUACUUAAAAUAAAAACAGAACUUCAGGAAAAGGCUGAACAAUUAGAGAGAGUUGUUGCAGAAAAUGAAAGGCUUCAGACCUCACUAAAUGAACUGAAAAUGAUAACUUUGCAAAUUAAGAAAGAAACUGCUGAAAUAGUAAAUGACCCCAAUUUUCCUCCAGAAAGUAGUCUACUUAGUGCCCAGAUUUUGAGUCAAAGGGUUGAAAAAGCUACACAUUUGUGCCAAGAGACAAUAGAUCUCUUAAAUGCCAAUGAAACCUUUAAGGAAUCUUUCAAGCAAAAGAUACCACAAAUAAAACUCCUUGAAGAAGAAAAUGACAAGCUGCACAAAUCUCUUCAAAAUAUGGUUGAAAAUUUCCAACCCCGAUCUGUCAGUGGAAAGGAUUUCAAAGACCAAUUGGAACACGCAUUGCAUGUUCUAUCACAGGCUAAUUUUCAGUUACAACAGCCAUUACAGGUUGGGUUGGAAAUAAAACAUAUUCAAGAAGAAAAGGAUAAUUGUGAAGUUCUUCAACAAAGAGUUAUGGCUGAGCUUUGUCAUAUCAAAGCUAUAACCGUCAAAGAAUAUCCAAGGCAAGAAGAUAACCCUCACGAAACCAGGGAUUUGGAAACAAAGUUGAAUGAGCUUGAAGAUCUUCAAAUGCAAUUUAAUGCAGGCAUUGCUUUACGCAAGAAUAUCCUUGAUGAGGCCUUGAAGGACAUGCAACAUUACAAUGAAGCAGUCACAAGAGCAGUUGGGAUCAUUAAUUCAUUUGAAGCCACUGUUGAUUCACGUAAAAUAGAUCUGGAUAGUCUAGGGAAAUUUCAACAGUUGACUGACAGGAAACAAGAGGAAUUUGAGGCCUUGGUAGUGGACCUAAAGAAUCUUACCUCAAAGCUGGAAAACAUAACCAGUCCCAAUGCCAGAGUACAGCUUGAGAAUGUAUUGCAUGAACUCAUCAAGACUAACUCCUUGGUCAAGGAAUCAACUGAAACAGAGAAAGCCGACUUAGAGAGGAGCCUAAAGAGCUAUGAAAGCUACAAUAAAAUCAAACAAAAAAUUUGUGCAAACUUGAACAAAGUAGAAAAGGGACUUCAACAAUCCAUUUCCCAAGAGCCAAUGUCUUACAGAGAAGCUUUGGAACGCUUGGAACAGAGCAAGAAUUUUGUAGCAGAUCUUGUUUCAACUCAGGAAGAGCUAAUAAAGCUACGACAGGGCUUCAGAUGUUUGAGACUUACGUGUACAGAAAAUGACAGCACACGUCUGCUCAAAAUUGUGUCAGCCCUGUGGGAGGGAUGGCUGAGUUUGCUUGAGAAUGCUAAAGAGUGGGAAUUGCACUGUGAAGAGCUGAAACAAGAGUGGAAAUUUAUCAGUGAAGAAAUUGAACGGGAAGCAAUUAUUUUAGAUAAUCUCCAAGAAGAAUUCCCUGAGAGUACCAAACCAAAGGAAGCAGCCACCAAUGAGGAACUUUCUGAAGCUCUAGAAUGUUUCUGCCAAUACGAAGAGAACCUGGAGAGGGAGCAACUGCUAUUUACUUUACUUCUUCACCGGAUAAAAAAUAUCCUGAGUGUUCCUGAAAGUGCAGAGACAAUUGAAUCUGUUCCAGUAUUGCAAGAGAUUUGUUCCAUGCAAGAUCGAUGUACCAAGCUCUCUCAGAAAGCUCAAGCAAAUAAAAAGUUGGUACAGUUUGAAAUUGAAGAGAGAAAUAAUAUCAGUAAAGAAAUAAUUACUUUGAAGAAUUCAUUUGAAAAAAUGACAGCCUCUUUCCAUGAUAUGGCAUUAGAAGAAGACCCAGGAAAGGAAGAUCAGUUGGAGGCUCUUCAGAGAAUAAUUGACAAAGAGAAGCUAGCACUUGAGAAUAUUAUGGAAAAACUCCGAAUCAAGUAUUCUGAGAUGUAUACCAUAGUUCCUGCAGAGAUUGAGUGCCAGAUGGAAGAAUGCAAAAAAACUUUAGAAGACAUAGAUGAGAAGAUUAGAAAUGAAGUCUUGAAGAGUUCGCCUUUUUAUGUGAUGAGUAGAAAAAUAGAAGAAAUUAAUCAUGGGCUUCAGAAUGUUGAAAAGAUGUUGCAACAGAAAAGCAAAAAUAUUGAGCAAGCUCAAGAAAUUCAAAAGAAAAUGUGGGAUGAACUAGACCUCUGGCAUUCCAAACUAAAUGAACUAGAUUCUGAAGUCCAGGAUAUAGUUGAACAGGACCCAGGACAAGCCCAAGAAUGGAUGGAUAACUUAAUGGUUCCCUUUCAACAGUACCAGCAGGUGUCACAGAGGGCAGAGCAAAGAACUUCACAGUUAAAUAAGGCCACACUUAAGAUGGAGGAAUAUAAUGACCUCUUAAGGAAUACUGAGACUUGGAUAGAAAAUACUAGUAGUUUGCUAGAUGGCCCUACUGACUACAGUUCUUCAAAGGCCCUGAGUCACCAUGCUAAUACCCUUCAGAUGGCUUUGGAAGACUCAGAGCAAAAACAAAAUCUUCUCCAUUCAGUUUAUUCUGACCUGGAAGAAUUUUCAGUGAUCUUUGAAACAGAUGACUUAGCACCAAUUAGGUUAAACCAACUAAGUGCUAGAGUCACAACUCUACAGCAAAAACUAAUGGCAAGUCUUCCACAAAUCCAGGACAUGGCUGAUGAGGUGGUUGCUAUUGAAGCUGAAGUAAAAUCAAUAGAAAAGAAAGUUUCAAAAAUCAAAGCUAUCCUGUUUUCCAAAGAAAUAUUUGAUUUUUCGCCUGAGGAACAUCUUAAGCAUGGAGAGGUCAUACUUGAAAACAUAAAGCCCAUGAAGAAGGCCAUUGCCAAGAUAGAGUCUUACCAAGUGGUCCUGAGUUUGCCUGAAACAGGAAUGAAAUCUUUGCCAGUAUUUGAAAGGACAAAUCAGCUUUCACAAGAGGUGAAAAUGUUAGAAAAGGUGACCUAUGAACAAAAUGAACUAUUGAAGCUUGUCAUGCAACAGACUAGUGAAUGUGACCAAGAAAUAGAAAAUUUGAAGCAUCAAUUAAAGAAUUAUUCAACUGAAUUUUCCUCUGAAAACCUAUCUCCUGACCAAGCCACCACCUUGCCACAGGUAGAGAGAGAAAUAGACUGUAUAAAAGAACAGAUCCUGGGUUUGAAUCAGAAAAAAGAAGACUUGUUGAUGGGUUUGAAGACAACAGUCCUGGCUCUCCAUCAGCGUUUGCAGCAAGAAAAACAAGAGUUAGAAGAGGAAACAGAGGAAUCUGGAGUGGCUGAGCGGGACGUUUCUGAAUGGAAAGUGAAAAGGAAAGGAUCCAUGUUUCUCCCGCCAUCAAUUGUUGAAGAGACAGAAGAAAGUUCACAGAAAAGCGAAAAUGGAGAUGAGAGAGCAGAGUCAGCUUCUAGUCCUUGCUUGUUACAUUGGGGACAUGAGAGAAACAAAGAAGAAGACAGAGCCUCCUCUUCCUCUGGAACACUCAUACAGGAGGCAGAUGGGCGAAUAAGCACAUAUGAUGGAUACAACACUCAAAUAGUUGUUCCAAAUCCAUCGAAAAAUGAGCAGAACCUAGACUCCUCUCCAAGCCAUAUCCAGCAAACAGUGGGCGAUACGGCUUCCACUGGAGCCCCUGCUCAGAGCUCUGGACAACAAGGAUCUUUGGAGGAAACUGUGGCGAGUUCCAGGCCAGAGUCUGUGGAGAUCCUCCAUGUCUGCCAGAAACAGGUGGCUAAGCUGGAGCUGUGGCUUGACAAAGCUAACCUCUCAUUCAGUGCUGAAACACUAAACCCAGAAAUGCAGCAGAUGGUGGAACAGGAACUAGCUGGUUGUCAGGCCAUGUUAACAGAGAUUGAGCACAAGGUGUCUUCCUUAUUGGAGAAUUGCAAAGAUCAGGGUCUAGGAAAUAUUGGAAGCACCCAACAAGAGGCGGAAAUACUUUCCUUGAAACUAAAAGCUGUGAAGUGUAAUUUGGAAAAAGUCCAGGUGAUGCUUCAGGACAAAUACAGUGAAGUGCAGCGAAGUAACACUCUAAAGAAACCUUCAGAGGAUCAAAAAGUCCUCCAGUCAGACAGAUUGCCUGUAUUUGAAUCUAUUUCAUUUGAAAGCCCACUCUUCAGCCCACGAAAAGGUUUCCAACAACAGGCCUCGGAGUUAAAACUAGGUGAACAGAAGGAUCUCUUCAGGUUCAUCGAAACCCACGCUGAGAAAAUGUGGCAUCAGCAGGACCAACGAGACGACGGUAAAACCCAGGAAUCACUUUUAAGCCCUGGAGUGUCUCAUUCUAGAAGUGGGUCCCCAGAAUCAUUUCUACCAUCUCAGGAGCAAAGUGAAGAUAAGUGGCAAUAUUUGCUUCAGGAGCUAUCAAAGGAGAAGCUGCCUCCAUCUCAGCCUGUGGAUGAUCAGAUUGCUGCAAAUGUGAAUUUUCUACCAAUGGUGCCUGUGCAUAAUGUUAGUUCACCAGCAGUUGAAGAAUUGAAAACUUAUACUUCUCAACUUGAGGACUUAAGCCAAGAAGCAAAUGUUCUUCUCACUCAGGAAAACCUGACAGGUGAACCCUCCCUAAAUCUAGAUAAAAAAAUAUUUUAUCUCCUUCUGAGAAUCAGUCAGUGUUUGAGCAUUGUGGGAGAGAUGCUCCAGACCUCCAGCCUCUCCAGGGAGGACACUGCUGCACAGCAGGUCCACUACGAGACCCUGGCUCUAGAACUGCAAAAACUUCACUCGGCUGUAACUAACAGAAAGGAUGGUCUUUUGAAACUGAUAAGUCACCCUGGAAAGAACUCCAAUGUAUUCUUUGAGUGCUUUGAAAACCUGCAAACACGACUUGAGCAAACUCAGGCUGCAGCUGCUUCCAGAAGUCAAUCCAUGAAAUCUGGGAUAGACCAUCAUAGUGAUUAUCAGAGUCAAGUAAGGCAGUUGUAUGACCAACUAAUUGAAAAAAAAUCCUCAAUACACCACUCCUUGAAUGAAAUUAGUAGUCAAAGUGUUGUUGAACAACUGCAGAAAGUAGAUUUGUAUGCUGUAAAACUUCAAGACUAUGAGGUCCAGGUAGCAAAAUUGAGAGAUGAAGGUGAAAGACUUUACUUACCUUAUAUUUUAAUCCAAGAAGUAUACAAAUUGGAGGAUGUCCUUGAUGACAUGUGGGGACUUCUAAGAGCCAAGCAUGCUGAACUCAGCAGCCCUUUCAUCAGUGAAAGCCAGCAGGAAGCCUUGCUUCGAGGACUGGCAGAACUAGUGAAUAUUGGGAAAGAAAAGCUUGGUCAGGGCCAGCAACGACAAGCCAGAAGUAAAGCUUCACUACAGGCUCAGCUGCAGAACCACAAGAUUUUUUUCCACAAGCUUGUUGCUGAUGUCUUUCUGAUCCAAGAAUACUCUAAAAAAGCACUGCCUUCUUUACUACAAAACAAAGAGAAGUUUUGGGCAGAGAAGGUAAAAGAAGUAAAAUUGCUGGAGCAACAAGCUUAUCAAUAUGGCACGAAACUGGAGAAUUUGUUGCAGGAAUGGAAGGAAUUUGAUGAAAACUAUGAAUCCCUUGAAAAAGACCUGGAAAUUCUUGUAUCUUCUCUGCCUUCCAUGAGUUUAGUGGAAGAGACAGAGGAAAGAUUAAUAGAAAGGAUUUCAUUUUAUCAGCAAAUCAAAAGGAAUAUAGAUGAAAAGCAUACCAAACUUUACCAGACUAUGAAUGAAGGCAAACACCUAGCGACUGCUGUGAGUUGUCCUGAGCUGGAAAGCCAGAUUGCAAAGCUGGAAGAACAGUGGUUGGCUUUAAACAAAAAAGCGGACCACGACCUACACAGACUUCAAACCCUUCUCAAGCAUCUGGUCAGUUAUAACAAGGACUCGGAUGAAUUAAGCAAAUGGUUAGAAUCCGCGCAGCAAACUCUGAAUUACUGGAAGGAGCAAUCUCUUAAUGUAUCUCAAGACUUGGACACAAUUCGGGACAACAUAAAUGAUUUCUUUGAAUUUUCAAAGGAAGUUGAUGAAAAAUCUUCCUUGAAGACUUCUGUGAUUAGCACAGGAAACCAGCUUCUUCACUUGAAAGAAGCUGACACCGCCACUUUGAGAUCUUCUUUAGCACAAUUCGACCAAAAAUGGGCAACUCUGAUCACUCAGCUUCCAGAUAUCCAAGAAAAACUCCAUCAGCUUCAAAUGGAGAAAUUGCCAUCCCGUAAGGCAAUCACUGAAAUGAUUAACUGGAUGGACAGCAUAGAGCAGCAGAUAGCAGAUGAGACCACUGUAGAUUCACCAGGUUCUGUAACUCAAGUGAAAAGUCUUCUUCAGAAGUACAAGGAAUCUAGGAUGGAAAUGAAUUACAAACAGUGGAUCAUUGAUUUUGUCAAUCAGUCACUGCUACAACUAAGCACCAGCGAUGUAGAAAGUAAGCGUUAUGAAAGAACCGAAUUUGCAGAACGCCUUGGAGAAAUGAAUCGUCAGUGGCAUAAGUUACAUGGGACACUAAACAGAAAGAUUCAACAUUUAGAGCAACUUCUGGAGUCUAUCACUGAGAGUGAAAACAAAAUACAGACUUUGAGGAGUUGGAUGGAAGCCCAAGGAGAGAGACUAAAAACAUUACAAAAACCUGGAAGUGUAAUAUCGGUGAGGAAGACGCUGCUGGACUGUCAGGACUUAGAAAAUCACUUAGUAACUAAAUCCAGAACACUGGAUGAGCUAAAAGAGAAUUACAUGGCUUUGGAAAAUGGCCCAAUGCCAGUGUUACAGGACACCAUUUCUGGAAUUGAUGAUUUAUAUCAAAUGAGGAACAACAUUGUCAAUCAGGUCAACCAACUCGAAACCUCCAUGCAGUCAGUGUUACAGCAGGGAAGGAGUUAUGACAAACUUUUUGAGGAAGUGAACAUGAUGACAAUCCGACUCUGGUACUGUGUGGAGCACAGCAAGCCUGACGUGUUAUCUCUUGAAGCUUUGAGAUGUCAAGUAAAGAACCUUCAGCUUCUUCAAGAUGAAGCAGAGAGCAGUGAAGGAAAUUGGAGCAAACUCCAGGACGCUAUUCGUCAACUCAAAGAGUACUGUCCUUCGGUCACUGAGAUAAUUGAACAGAAGUGUCAAGAAGCACAUACCAGGUGGACUCGAGUGAAUCAUGAAAUUGCAGAUCAGUUACAAUCAGCCCAAGGUAUGUUACAGCUUUGGGAGUCUUACACUGUUGCUCAUGCUGAAGCGACAGCAAGGCUGGAACAGCUUGAAGAGAAGUUCAAACACAUUUUGAACAUUAACAUGUCUGGAGACAACCUGAGUGAGAUCCUAACCCGGGCACUGAAGGAUGCAAAGAACUUGCAGCAUGACCUGGAGAACAUAAAAGAAACCUUUCUUCAGAAUUCAGCAAUCAUUGAACCAAACCUAGAGCAAGCAGGUCCUGUCAAGCAAGAUGUUCUUUCUAAUCAAUCUUCUUCACUUCAGAGGAUUUCUUACCUGCAAAAAAUGCUGCUUAUGAAGUCAAAUGAGUUUGAGCAUAUUCUUUCCCAGCUGAAGGAUUUCAGGGACCAACUAGAGUCUUUGGAAGACAGUAUCAAGCAUCCAGUAGACAGUUUGGACCUCAAGGGAAGAGAAGAAGAUCCAGAAUUCCUCCUGAAUCACAUGUUAGAAUUAACAGCACUGUCCCCUGAUAUGGAACAUUUGAAUGAAGUGAGUUUCAAGCUGCCACUUAGUGACAUAGAUAUAAAGACAUUACAAAAUCUGAAUCGAAAGUGGAGUCAGGCAACUGCCACCACUCUGGAGAAGUGCAGUGAACUUCAGGGAACUGGAUUCAGUGAAAAAUUCCUUCAUAAAUGUGAAAAGUGGAUACAGUUUUUGGAGAAGAUAGAAGAAUGUCUGAGAAUGAACUUGGCUGGCAGACUUGGGGAUCUUCUAGAGCAACAGAAAACAUUUGAGAUGUUGCAAGCAGAGAUUUCUGUAAAUCAGCCAAUUGCUGAUUAUUUUGUCAGCCAGUCACUCCAACUUCUGGAUACGCCAGAAAUAGAGAAGAGAACGGAAUUUGUUGUGAAACUCACAAUGUUGAAAGAGCGGUGGCAAGAUGCUGCCCGAAGGGCUCAGCAGAGGAGGAUCACCAUCAAUGAGCUAGUGAAAGAAUGGCGACGCUUCAGUGCUUCUCUACAGAAUCUGACCAACUUCCUCACUGAUACUGACCAUUUCCUGUCUGCAGUUAAGAGCCAAGAUUCUUAUGGUCUUUGCCAAAUCAGAAGUCUUAUUCAUGAUCUAAAGAACAAAGAAGUACUUCUUCAAAGGCAGCAAACUACCUGUGCACUCACCUUAGAAGCAGGAAGAAAGUUACUGACAAUAGCUGACCCAGAGACCAAGUAUUCCAUUGACAGAGAAAUCAGAAAAUUGCAGGAUACCUGGAGGAAUUGUCGACUUCAAGUAGUUGAGAUGACUAAAGAAUUCCAAAGCACUACAGAGACCUGGGACCGAUGUGAAAAGCAAAUCAAGGAGCUGGAAAAUCGACUGCAGACUUUAAAGGCAAAAAUUAAAGAUCCUCUCCCAGAACCAUAUGAAGAGCUCUAUAAAGAAAAGGAACUGAUUAAGGAACUGGAGAACUCCUUGGCAAACUGGGCUCAGAACUUGAAGGAACUUAAUAUCAUGAAGGCCGACAUAACCCGGUACAUUCUUGUGGAAGAUGUGAUGGUUUUGAAGGAGCAAAUAGAUCAUUUGCACAGACAAUGGGAGGAGCUCUGUUUAAGAGUUUCAUUGCGUAAACAAGAGAUCGAGGAGAGACUCAAUUCCUGGAUUGUGUUCAAUGAAAAGAAUAAAGACUUAUGUGCAUGGCUGGUUCAGAUGGAAAACAAAGUUCUACAGACAGCAGACAUUAGUAUUGAAGAAAUGAUUGAAAGACUACAGAAGGACUGUAUGGAAGAAAUCAACCUGUUUAGUGAAAAUAAACUUCAUUUGAAGCAAAUGGGUGAUCAGUUGAUCAAAGCCAGCAAUAAGACCAGAGUUGCUGAAAUAGAUGAUAAGCUCAGCAAAAUUAACGAUCGCUGGCAACAUCUUUUUGAUGUCAUUGGAUCAAGGGUGAAGAAGCUGAAGGAGACCUUUGCUUUCAUACAGCAGUUAGACAAAAAUAUGAGCAACCUCCGAAGCUGGUUGGCUCGAAUUGAAUCUGAGCUUUCUAAACCUGUUGUUUAUGACAUCUGUGAUGAUCAAGAAAUCCAGAAGAGACUUGCUGAACAGCAGGAUCUGCAACGAGAUAUUGAACAGCACAGUGCAGGGGUAGAGUCUGUAUUUAAUAUAUGUGAUGUCCUGUUACAUGACUCUGAUGCCUGUGCCAAUGAGACAGAGUGUGAUUCAAUACAACAGACAACUAGAAGCCUAGAUAGACGGUGGCGAAAUAUUUGUGCCAUGUCAAUGGAGCGGCGAAUGAAGAUUGAAGAAACAUGGAGACUCUGGCAGAAGUUUCUGGAUGAUUAUUCUCGCUUUGAAGAUUGGCUGAAGUCAGCAGAGAAAACAGCUGCCUAUCCAAAUUCAUCAGAGGUGUUAUACACAAAUGCUAAGGAAGAACUGAAGAAGUUUGAGGCUUUUCAGUGGCAGAUUCAUGAGAGACUCACUCAGUUGGAGCUUAUCAAUAAGCAGUAUAGGCGACUUGCUCGAGAGAACCGCACAGAUACCGCCAGCAAGCUGAAGCAGAUGGUUCAUGAAGGCAAUCAGCGUUGGGACAACCUCCAAAGACGAGUCACAGCUAUUUUACGGAGACUCAAGCAUUUUACCAAUCAAAGGGAAGAAUUUGAAGGGACCCGGGAGAGCAUUCUGGUGUGGCUCACUGAAAUGGACCUGCAGCUGACAAAUGUGGAGCAUUUCUCUGAGAGUGACGUGGAUGACAAAAUGCGCCAGCUGCAUGGUUUCCAACAGGAAAUCACAUUAAAUACCAACAAGAUUGACCAGUUAAUUGUAUUUGGAGAGCAGCUGAUUCAGAAGAGUGAGCCUAUGGAUGCUGUAUUGAUUGAAGACGAGUUAGAAGAACUCCACCGGUACUGCCAAGAAGUGUUUGGCCGAGUGGCCCGAUUUCACCGGCGGCUGACCUCUCACCAACCAGGAUUGGAAGAUGAAAAAGAAGCCUCUGAAAAUGAAACAGAUAUGGAAGAUUCAAGAGAAAUACAAAGUGACUCUUGGCAUAAAAAGGAGGUGAAUGAGGGACCAUCAUCCCCUCAGUCCCUUUGUCAUCUUAUGCCUCCCCCAUUGGGUCAUGAGCGGUCAGGCUGUGAGACCCCUGUCAGUGUGGACUCUAUUCCACUUGAAUGGGAUCACACAGGUGAUGUGGGGGGCUCUUCCUCUCAUGAAGAUGAUGAAGAAGGACCGUACUACAGUGCUGUGUCAGAUGUAGAAAUCACUGAAAAUCCUGAGGCAUAUCUUAAAAUGACCACAAAAACUUUGAAAGCAUCUUCUGGUAAAUCCAUUUCUGAGGCUCAUGGAUGGCAUACUCCUGACAGCCCUACUCAUCAAAAGCAUCGCUACAAACAAACUGAAGUUGACAGGAAUGUACUGCCAAUCACUCCUGAAACGAGCACCCCAUACAAUCCAGAAUAUGUUAAACAGCUGAUACCUCCUGGCAUGGAUAGUGUGGACAACGGGAGAGAAGGACCUGCAAUGCUAAAUGCUAGUGAGCAGAAAGGUCUUACAGAUACAGAACAACAAGCAGGUGUAUUUGACAGUUGGGAGCUCAUUCAAGCCCAGGAUCUUCGCAAUAAACUUAGAACAAAACAAAACUUGAAGCAGUGGCAGCAGCUGGACUCAGAUAUCAAUGAUGUCACCCUUUGGCUGAAAGGAACAGAAGCUGAGCUGGAAGAGCUGGAGAUGGAGAAGCCUGCAGCUGACAUCCAGGAUAUGGAGCUCAGAGUCAAGAAACUAAAAGAUAUACUAAAAGCCUUUGAUAACUACAAGGCAUUAGUGAUCUCCAUCAACUUGAGCAGCAAGAAAUUCCAGCAGCCAGAUAACACUGAAUCUAAGGAACUCCAGAACAGACUCCGGCAGCUGAAUUUGCUCUGGGAAAAGGCAAAUCAUUUGUUGGACAGCUGGAGAGAGAGCUUGCAGCAUUCCCUCAUGCAAUGCCAGGACUUUCAUCAGUUGAGUCAGUCCCUCCUAUUGUGGCUAGCAAGUGCAGAAAAUCGGAGAUGUAAGGCCCAAGUCGUGGAUCCAAAUGCAGAUCCCCACACCAUCCUGGAAUGCCAGAAAGAGUUGAUGCAACUGGAAAAGGAGCUGUUGGAACACCAGCUUCAAGUAAGCUCUCUCCAGGAGAUCUCAAAGUACCUACUUGCUAAGGGAGAUAGAGAAGAUUAUAUUGAAGCUGAUGAAAAGGUUCAUGUCAUUGGGAAGAAACUCAACCAGCUACUGGACCAAGUUUCCCAAGAUUUAGAAUCUUUGCAGGGAAGCCAGGAUGAGGAUACAACAUUGACAGCUUUUGAUGAUGUAGACAGUAGUGACCAUCACCUGUCAUCGAAGUCCAUGCCUACUGAACAAGAAAAGGUUGAAGCAGAGACAAUUACAGAAGAAAAGAGCAAGAAAAAUAGCAGAGUGGAACAUCUCUCUGACCCUGCCUCAACUCUGACCAGCUCUGGGCCCCCAUCCUUCCUUUACCGGGUGUUUAGAGCAGCUCUGCCCCUCCAAUUGUUUUUCCUCCUCUUAUUGCUUCUGGCUUGCAUGAUCCCCUCUUCAGAGGAAGACUACAGUUGCACCCAAGCCAAUAAUUUUGCUCGAUCAUUCUAUCCUAUGCUGAGGUACACCAAUGGGCCCCCACCAACAUAAAGUGGUUACGUGCUAGGGUGCAUCCUAAAAUAACACAUUCAGCAUGGGUGCUCAAGCCUUGGGGGCCAUAGUGCUUGCAAUUCCAAUGUAAGUAGCUUUUCCAUUAGGCAGCAUCAGCUGAUGUUCAUGUGCCAUGAAUUGGAGUCUGCCUGUCUAGGGAAUGUUGGAGCCACUAUGGCUGGGAUGGAUGUGUGGUUCAUGGCAAGUGACGCCCAGUCCAAGGGUGUUAGGUUGUAUGACAUUCUUCCACUGGGGUGAGGACCUGGUCAGACCUCAGAGCACCAGUUGCUCUGUGAGAGACCUUAGUUGCUUUGGCAGAACUCAAUGGUUUCUGUUCACCUUUAGCCUUCUAAAACUGUGUGCAGAAGAGCCUAGCAUUUUUGUGGAUGCUGACUUUUUUAUUUCCAAAACUCAUAAGACGAGUUUACAGAAGGGAAAAAUAGUUAUCCCAUGUAGCCAACAGUUAUUGAGUAGUAGUGUUCACUACAGUAUGUACAGUAAAAGUAAAUAGCUUAGGGAAUAAAAUGUCCCUUAAUGGUUCAAAACCUUUCAUGCACACUUUGUGAUAAAACUGAUAGACACAAUCACAUUUGAAAUGUUUAGCACAAAAUUGCUGGAGAACCAGAAUACGAGGAAGUUUGAUACUAGUCAGUUCUAAAUGUAAAGUGUCUUGUAUUUGUCUGCUGAGUCUGCCUUUUUUAUAUGUAGUUGGAAAAGUGUUUUUUUUUAAAAAUUAUUCUAUUGCAUGGAUGUGGUUUCAUAUUGUGCAUAUUUUUGAAAUUAUUUCUCUAAAUUACUGUAUGAAUACAAAUGAAUAAUGUAAACUUCGAUUUUUUAAAAUCUGGGCUUUAGCUUGAGCUUUUGACUAAUGUACAGUAAAUGCCAAAAGACAGACUGAUAUGUUUUUUGUAAGUUAACUUUGUAAGAUUUUUCACACUUUAUAAAGUGAUACCGCAGGGUCUUUUUUUGUUUUUUUUUUUUUUGGUUAAACUGUAUAGUCAAGUGGGUUGGUACAGAAACAUGAAGGUAGUUGUGGCAUGUACUCCUCCAGUGUGUUGUUGUUUUUCUCAUUAAAAAGAAAUCUGCCCUCUUUGCAACACUGAA